AUGGUUACUUACAGUUUAAUAAUUAUUGUGCACUCCAACAGCAGCAAUGGCACCCGCUACGAUAACUGCAGCAACAAUAACAUCUGCUCCCUCAAUGAAAACAACGGCAGCAGCAACGACAUCUGCUCCAACAAAAUCAACUGCAGCAACAACACUUUCUGCGACAAAAACAACUUCAGCAACAUCUUCAAAAACAACUGCAAAAACAUCUUCAAAAACAACAACUGCAAAAACGACACUUGCUCCAACGAAAACAACUGCAAAAACAACAUCUUCAAAAACAACUACAAAAACAACACUUGCUCCGACGAAAACAACUGUAAAAACAUCUUCAAAAACAACUGCAAAAACUACACUUUCUCCGACAAAAACAACUGCAAAAACAACAUUUUCAAAAACAACUGCAAAAACUACACUUUCUCCGACGAAAACUACUGCAACAGCAACACUUAG